GAUAUCGUCUCUGAUCGGGGGACUCAAUUCACAUCUCAGGUGUGGAAAGCCUUCUGCUGACAAUUAGACAUCAAAGUGAGUCUGACGUCAGGAUAUCACCCCCAGUCAAACGGUCAAGUCGAGAGACUGAAUCAAGAAAUCGGUAGAUAUCUGAGAACAUACUGUAGCUGGGAACAGAAUCGGUGGGCAGAGUUCUUGCCAUGGGCAGAAUAUGCACAGAAUUCAUUAACCCAUGCCUCUACAGGACUAACCCCAUUCCAAUGCAUGCUAGGAUAUCAACCUCCUUUGUUUCCAUGGUCUGGCGAACCUUUCUCUGUUCCUGCGGUCAACGACUGGAUACGUCGUAGCGAGAGGGUAUGGGAUAGCGCUCAUGUCCAUCUUCAAAGAGCCGUACGAAGGCAAGAACUCCAGGCUAACCGAAGACGGCGCCCACAUCCUCGCUACCAACCGGGACAGAGGGUCUGGCUCUCUACGAGGGACAUCAAGUUACGUCUGCUGAGCAGGAAGCUCAGCCCAAGGUAUGUUGGCCCAUUCAAAAUCGUAAAACAGAUAAAUGAGGUUACAUAUCAGCUUGAGCUUCCUGCUAACUACCGCAUCUCUCCAUUUCAUGUCUCGCUCCUCAAACCGGUCCACCUGAAUGCUGAUCCCAAUGCUGAGUCUCAAGAACCACCGCCUCCGCUGGACAUUGACGGAUCGCCAGCUUAUAGGGUGAACAUGCUGCUGGACUCGAGGCGUAGAGGGGGUCGGCUCCAAUACCUGGUGGACUGGGAGGGAUACGGGCCUGAGGAGAGAUCAUGGAUACCUGCUUCUGAUAUUCUGGACCCCUCACUCAUAGAGGAAUUUCAUCGAGCCAGGCCAGACCGCCCAGCGUCACAACCACGGGGACGUCCAAGCCGAGCGCCAGGAGUUGCUCCUAGAGGGGGGGUUCUGUAACAUCUGAGUGGUCUCCUGCCCACCAGAGGGAGCCCUCACCUGAAUUCUGAACUGUCACUUCCUGUUUCCUGCCACAUCAGUUCCUGUAAUGUCAUUUCCUGUUUGCCUAGUAUAUAAGCCAUGCAUGCUCAUUCCCAUAUUGCGAAGUAUUGCCAGAUCAUCUGCCUUACCAAGCAUUUAUAUCACUGCCUUAUUGCCUAGUGUUUUGACCUGUUUGUUUUGACUUCUCUUUUGGAUCUCCCCUUUUGUCUGUUUGCCUGGUUGGACUGCUUUACUGUGUUUUUGACCUCACUGCCUGUUUUUCUGACACUGUGU